AAAUAAACCUCCGGUAAAUUUUGAGUUAUUUUACAUUUGUUGAUCACAUGUAUUAUAUUUUGGAUAUUUUCUUUAUAAUUAUUGUUAAUCAAACUCAAUGAUUAGUCUUCUUUUUGUCGAAUAAUAAUUCAUAAAUUAUCGAAAAACAUCUGAAAACUGAAUAAAGAAGAAUUUAAGAAAGAGGAAUAAAAUUCAAUUACUCCAGAGAAGAAGAGAAAAAUUUGUUUUCCAUAAAUGUCUUGACAGGACAUAAGUUUAUUAAAUUUUUUUUAGUCAAUUUGCCACAAUGACGGAACCAAUAAGCAAAAAGAUGAAAUUAUUAAUUAACGACGAUGAAAAAUCAAGUGAUUCGCAAAUUAAUGGGGAAAAAGUAAAUAUAAUUCAGCCAGAGGAAAAAAUGGACGAAUCCGAAUUUCCCUUUCCUGAUAAUUAUGAUGCAUCCACAAUGUUAUGCGGUGUCGAUUUAUCAACACCAUGGCCAUCCGUAACCGAUCGUUAUUUCACUUCAUUUUAUAAAAUCGAUGUUCAAAAGCCAGGCGACGAUGUUUGCAUUCGUGUUCACAGUAAUCGAAUUUGUAUGAUUUCACUAGCGCCAAGUCACGUGAUUCUUCACAACAAUUCAUCGUCAAUUGUAAAUGUAAAUUUUCGUGUGAGUGAAAAAUUGGACAGAAUGAAGAAUCAAGUGUCGGGUAAAGGGAAACGUGGCGCUCAACCUCUACAGGAAAAUUCCACAAUUUGUACAAUAACAUUGUCCAAUGGCGAGAAUCAUGUGAUUAAAUGUUGCAUGACAGGAAAGUUAGUGGAAGUAAAUGAAUCCCUAGCGAAGGAUCCAUCGCUUUUAUUGGAACCGCCCCAUAAAGGCGGUUAUUUAGCAAUUGUCCUGCCAAAUAUUCGACUUAUCGACGAUUUAAAGAAAAAACUAUUAACCCAAGAGAGUUAUAAUUCAGCUCUUGAAGAGCGUCAAGUUAAAAUGAAAUUAGAAAAAAUGCAGGAAAACAAUGUUUCGGAAAUUGAAGUCUAAAAAUCCUACCUAUUUCAUUAUAAGUAGAAUUUAUAGUAGAAUUUCCUUAUUUUUUGUAAAUAAUCUUGUACAAAAUUUGCAAACAAAAACAGUUUAUUAAAUAAUUAAAACCUUA